UUAAAGACAUAAAGAAUGGAAGAACUCUCUCUCAGUUUUUUGUUCCUCGGUCGCGCUCCUCUCUCUGAUGGAAAAAAGGGAUUCAAGAUCCUUAACAUCUUCUUUGCAAAAUCUAUCAGAAAAUCCAAGCAACAAGACCUUAGCAUCACACGGUUCUCCUCUUGGAGUUGGAAAAACUGUGUGUGAUAGUUUGGUGAGAUCUUGUGAGAAAACUAAAUGUCCAAGCUUGGUUAGUUUAUGCCUUGGUGUUAUUGGGAAACAUUUUGAGGAAAUCUUUGAGUGCGUGGGCGAUGUAUUGGCUAGCUUUCCACCAGAUACUAAGCUGGCAUUGGUAGCCAUUGCCAAGAGGAGAAAGUUGCUGAAUGACGAUGUUCUUAUUUCUUUGGCUGAUUCCUCCUGGGAUGUCCUAGAUUUAUCUGGGUCUAAUGUUUCUGAUCUUGGAUUGACUAAAGUGUCAGAGAUGGCAAAAAGUCUCCGAACUGUGGAUAUAAGGCGAUGCUGUGAAAUUACGGCAGGUGGGGUGUCGGAGCUCGUAAGCAAUUGUCGUUCACUGGAGAUACUGAGAUGCGGAGGGUGUGUAAACAGUAAUCUUACUGCACGUAGAUCCUUGAAAUAUUUGAAGCCAAAAUUGAAGGAGUUUCAUGAAGACUCCUGGGAGAAUCUUUAUAGCUUGGACAUUUCUGUUGAUGCUGAGUCUUUGCGGUGGCUUGUUUGGCCAGAGAUUGAUUGUCAAUCAGAACGUAUUUUAACUAAGGAAUGUCCGCGGAUUCUGGUUAACCCAAUGCCAUCCACCCGAUUUGGUUUCCGAGUACUUCAAGUUCCUUACGAAGCACUACCAGAUGUGACACUGGAUGAUCAUAUUAUCAAGGACAUCAAUCCUAAGGCGUGGGAAGUUGGUGGUGUUUCUUCCAAUGCUGUAGCUCGCCCUCCUCCUAACUUUAACGAAUUACCGAUUGCUGAGAAAUUCAGGCUUGCAUUUGUGGAGAGAGCUGCGAGGCUAGCACUGAAGGAAGCAAAGAUGGCUAUAAAGAACGAGAGGCUUGCAGAGAGGGAGUGGGCAUGUUCUACAGAAGCUAAAGCGGUAGCUCUUGAGCGGCAAGUGAAAGGUUUGGUUUUCCGUAAAACUAAAAGAAAAAAAUAAGUCUUUCACCUGAUGAGAGUAGGAGUUUUUACAGAAGUAGUCAUUACUAAAUUUGUUUCUUUCGGUAAAAAGAAAGAAAGAAAAAUAUAAAAGAACUCGUGCUCCACAAAACCUCUUAGUAAAGUAAGCUGGUGAUCAGAAAUUUUUCUUUCUUUCUCUCUUCGAUGUUCUAUGUAAUUAUUCUUGUACACUAUAAGACGAUGAAGCCUGGUCAGUAGUCCUCCGAUGUAGAAUUGGCAUCCAUCUUGAUGUAGAAUUGGCAUCUCUCUUAGAUAUUGCAUGUUUCCUUCGCCGUGUCUAUACUUA